AUGGCCACUCCUCCUAAGAGAUUUUGCUCAACUGUGGACUUGGACAACAGUUUUGAAAAAAGAAUUAAGAAGAUUUCCAUUGAGGGAAAUAUUGCGGCCGGAAAGUCGACGUUUGUCCGUAUGUUGGAGAGGACGUCAGAGGAAUGGGAAGUCAUUCCGGAACCCAUUGGGAAGUGGUGCAAUGUGCAGACCGCAGAGAAUGAGUGCGAGGAGCUCAGCACGUCCCAGAAGAGCGGUGGUAACCUACUACAGAUGCUGUACGAUAAGCCCGGCAGGUGGUCCUACACCUUCCAGAGUUACGCCUGCCUGAGCCGCGUGCGUGCCCAGCUGAAACCCCCCUCCGCUAAACUCCAACAGGCUGAGAAACCUGUCCAGUUCUUUGAACGCUCUGUUUACAGUGACCGGUAUGUGUUUGCUUCAAACCUGUUUGAGUCAGGGAGUUUGAGUGAGACGGAAUGGGCCAUCUAUCAGGACUGGCAUGGCUGGCUUCUCUCACAGUUUGAGAACGAGAUAGAACUGGAUGCUAUGAUCUACCUGCGGGCUGACCCAGACAAAUGUAUGCAGCGUCUACACUUCAGGGGGCGUGAAGAAGAGCAGGGGAUUCCACUCGAGUAUUUGGAGAAACUUCACUACAAGCACGAGUCUUGGCUGUACAACCGAACCACACAGGUUGAUUUUGAGAACUUGAAAGAGCUCCCCAUCCUGGUCUUGGAUGUCAAUGACGAUUUUAAGAAUGACAGAAUUAAGCAGGAGAAAUUGCUUGAGAAGGUAAAGGAGUUCCUCAGCACACUCUAA